AGUAAAAAUAGUCUAAAUAAUGCUAAAAAGGUAUGACACUGAAAUCUUAAAUUCUAUCAGAUCCUGCUAAGUCGACAAAAUUCAGACUUUCUAUCGAAAUUUCUUCUUUUGACUGAUGAAUUUCUAUAAGUAUCAUUCUCGCUACUGAAUGCGAGCCUGACGAUCUAAAAAAUUUAAUUUUUUAUUUAUUUUUAACUCUAUUGUACUUCUAUACCUAAGAUAGUUCGUUCGACCAUGGAGGAAAUUUCCUCUGAAAUAACAGAAAAUUAUCGAUUUAUUUCUAUAAGUAUCGAUAGUUCGGAAUUAUCGAUGGACAAAUGACCGUAUUAUAUUAUUGUGUUGGAAUUAUUUGAUGCACGACAUCAAAUGUUUUUAUACACCCUUUAUUAUUUUUAGAGAUUUUAAUAUACAAUGACAUGAUCUCAUACAUCCAUACUUCUCGAAUGUUGGAAAGCGAUUCUGUUUCUAAAUAUUCGCGGUUGUUAACUUCUCGCUUCCAGAAACAUCUUCAGUUCGAUUGAAGUUGCGCACAGCAAUUUUAUACCGUCACAAUAACAUCAUAGGUUGGCGGUUAGGGUUUCUAGAAAUUAGUAAUUUUGUUCCAAUUUAUUAUUAAAUAAAAAAUUGUUUAAAUUCAAAUUAUCCAAACUAAUCGAUCAUUAUAAAUAAUUAUAUAAUACACUAUAAAAUAUUUCUCCAUCCCUAGUACUAUUCAUUUUUAGUACUAUAUUUAAGUGUUGAAGACAUUGCCAAAUGUUAAUAUAGAGGUUAGAGUAAACAUGAUAUAAAGGCAUGUAAUAGUUGAAUAUAAUUUAUGUUCACAAAAUGACAGACGAAAAAACGCAAACACAGGAGUUUAAAUUAGAUCCAGAUUGUGAAUUACGAUUUGAAGUUGAAACAAAAAAUGAAAAAGUUUCGCUAGAGUUGAAGAGUGGAUUAGCUGAAGUUUUUGGUACAGAAUUAGUGAAAGGCAAAAAAUAUGAAUUUACUGCUGGUGCUAAAGUAGCUGUAUUUACUUGGCAAGGUUGUACAGUAGAGUUAGUUGGAAAAACUGACGUUAGUUAUGUAGCCAAAGAGACCCCAAUGGGUCUUUAUUUAAAUUGUCAUGCUGCAAUGGAAAGACUCAGAGAAGCUGCAGAGAAAGAAGACACUAGGGGUCCCAUAACAAUGGUUGUUGGUCCUUGUGAUGUAGGAAAAUCAACUCUUUGUAGACUUUUAUUAAAUUAUGCAGUUAGGAUGGGUCGUAGGCCAAUUUUUGUAGACUUGGAUGUUGGUCAAGGUCACAUAGCAAUACCAGGUACUGUUGGAGCACUAUUAGUUGAACGUCCAUCAAAUGUAGUUGAUGGUUUCAGUCAGCAGGCACCAUUAGUCUUUCACUUUGGACAUAAAACUCCACAAGCUAAUGUUGCUCUUUAUAAUCUUCUUGUAACGCGCCUUGCAGAAGUCUGUUCUGAUAGACUUCAAGCAAAUAAAAAAGCCAGAGUUUCAGGAAUAGUAAUAAACACAUGUGGUUGGGUAAAAGGAGAUGGAUAUAAAUUGUUGACACAUGCUGCUCAGGCUUUUGAAGUAGAUGCGAUUCUGGUAUUGGAUCAAGAAAGAUUGUACAAUGAACUUGUUAGAGAUAUGCCAGACUUUGUUAAAGUUGUAUUCCUUCCAAAAAGUGGUGGAGUUGUGGAAAGAAGUCAAACUCAAAGGACAGAAGCCAGAGAUCAAGGUGUCAGGGAAUAUUUCUAUGGUUCUAGGACACCACUUUAUCCACACAGUUUUGAAGUGAAAUGGAGUGAGGCUAGAUUAUACAAAAUUGGAGCUCCAGUGCUUCCCGCAUCUUGUAUGCCUCUUGGAAUGAAGGCAGAAGAUAAUUUAACAAAAUUAGUAGCUGUUACACCUGGACCAAAUCUUCUUCAUCAUCUAUUAUCUGUUUCAUUUGCUGAUUCACCAGAAGAUGAUGUAGUGCAAACUAAUGUGGCUGGAUUUGUCUGCGUAACCAAUGUUGAUGUUGACAGACAAACAUUUACAGUUCUGAGUCCACAGCCAAGACCAUUGCCAAAUACAGUUUUAUUGCUUUCAGAUAUACAAUUUAUGGAUAGUCAUUAACUUUUUAUAUGAGAUAUUCAAUGAGUUUAAUAAAUUUUCUAUUAAAAAGUG